AAUACUUUUCGCAAACGCUCUAGAAAAAGGCGAUUUCCAGGCGAUUCUCGCGAAACCCUAAUUUCGACCUAGUCGAUCUAGAUUUCCAGAUUUCUGGAUCAAAUUUCCUAUCGAAUCUUCUCUACAUCAUCAUCGACAUGUCAAUCGAACCAUUAGAAACCCAGAAAGAGCUCUGGCAAUCUCUGCAGGGACUCAAAAUCGGGGCUGAUCAAGAAGCUUAGUCGGUUCAUCAGGAUGCACAGAUCGAGUUUCAGAGAGAUCAUCGCUUGUGUUUGGUAGCUAAAGUUAUUAAUCCCGAUCAUCAGAAUCGAGCAGGAAUCAAGUCAUCGAUGCCAAGGGCAUGAAGUUUAAUUGGACAUGUAGAAGCUCAGGUUAACGAUGAUGACACAAUUAAUUUCUAUUUCAAAAAGGAGCACCAUCUGAUGACUGUUCUAGAAAGAGGUCCAUAUAAUUACAGAGGAUGGAUGAUUGUUCUGAAUUGAUGGAGUAACAUGAGGUAUCCAUCCUUUCUUCGACAUAUUCCGUUUGGAUCAAGAUUAACAAGCUUCCAGCCAUGUAUCGAAGAAGAGGUAUUGUCAACAGUAUCAGCUCUAAACUUGGUCAUGUAGAUGAAGUUCUUAUCAUCGAAUAGACAAAAACCCAUCUUCCUGAAGUCUGGGUUAAGGUCGACUUUGAUGUUGACUCUACCAUCACGCUAGCUCAAAGUGUUGAAUUUAUGGCCAAUACACCACCAGUGGAGCUAGAGUUCAAAUACACGGGUCUUCAAAAAUUAUGUACUACUUGUGGUAGUUUGAAGCAUGGGUAUGAAGCUUGUCCAAAAUGUUUAUCUCUACCUCCACAAAUUGGCCAGUUGAUGAUGGUAGGGAACAGUCCUUAUACCACUGCAGCUAAUCGACAUCAAGCUAUACAAGGAUUAAAUACUUUUCUGCAAACUGGUGAAACCUCUGGAGCAAUGAAUUUUCCACUCCUGUUAGCUCAACCCCCAAUUCAGAACACCAAUACGAAUGGUGCUUCAUCAAGUUCUGCAUUAGCUGGUGUUCAAAGAGAUGCAUGGUAUACACCAGUAGCUGAUACGAAGAUGGAAAUGGCUGAGCAAGGAACCAAAAGAAAAAUUCCCGAUACAGCAGGAGAAGUCAAUCUUUCUUCUUCAAAGAAACAGACUAGCACUGCAGCAAAGAACAAAGGUUUGGUGGUUGCCCUUAAACCACAAAAAGAGCCAUGAAGAUCUUUCAUAUGUAUUGUCAAGGAUUAGGGAGCACCUUGACAAUUCAGUACUUAACUGAUAUCAGGAAGUUUUCUAAACCUGAUAUCAUGCUCCUUACAGAAACCAAAAUUGGUUAUGAUGCUGUAAAUAAGCUUUGUAAGGAUCUUAAUUAUGCCCACUCUUUUGUUCUUCUGGCAGAUGGGCUUAGUGGUGGGUUAACCAUUUUUUGGGAUGUUAAUAUUGAGCUAACCGUAGGUGCUUCUCCUUCUUUCUUUACUACUGAUGUGUAUAUUGCUGAUGGUGCUAAUAUAUUCUGUUUAUCGUAUAUCUAUGGUCAUCCAAUUUUGAAGACUCGUAAUAUGCAGUGGAAUAUAAUUAUUUUUGAGGUGAAUGCAGGUGUUUAUAGCAGCAGGCCAAGAUUAGCUUUAGGUGACUUUAAUGAUAUUAAGUAUUCCUCCGAAAAAGAAGAAGGAAAAACCAGUGCUCCGACCACAUGGCUCUUAUUUUACAUACUGAAACUUCAAAGUGGAAAGGAAAUAAGCUAUUUCGGUAUGAUAGUAGAUGGCGGUUUAAUGCUGAUCUUAAGGAAGAUCUUCGUAAGGUUGGAGGAGGAAUAUUGGAGACUUAAAAGCAGAACUUUAUGGUUGACAGCAUGAGACAGGAACACUAAGUUUUAUCACGCAAAAACUAAGCAUGAAGAUCUCUCAAUCGGAUUACUUCUUUAGCUGAUGCAGAUGGAAACGUUUAUAUAAAGCAGAAGGAUAUCCAUAAUCUCAUAACUAACUACUUCUCUUCUCUUUUUUCUCAGAGCCAACGGGUGGUCCUGUCAAAUUUCUUGAAAACCUCCAACCACGAGUAACUGAACAUAUGAAUAACUUCCUCGUCAGACCUGUCUCGGAGAAAGAGGUUUAUAAUGCACUCCAGCAAAUGAAUGCUGAUAAGUCUCUUGGACCGGAUGGUCUUACUGCGGCAUUCUAUAAAGACCAUUGGCUGACUGUUAAAGAUGGAGUGGUACGUUUUAUUAAGCAUUUUAUGGAAACUUUUGAACUAGGCCCGGUUUUAAAUAGAACUCACAUCUGUCUGAUCCCAAAAGUUGAGAACCUGAUAUGUUCAU